GGCCCCUGCUAGGCUCGCGAGUCCUCGGGUCUCCUCCUCCUGCGGCCGCCGCGCAGCGGACAUGAGCGCGUAGCCCCCCCCCCCCCAUACCCCGCAACCCCAUCCUGGACUGGGAUUUGCUCGCAGAUUUUCUUCAUGGAAGCAAUGUCCCCCCAGCAAGACGCUCUAGCCGGGCAGCCGGGGCGCUCGUCUUCCCUGACUGGCAUGUCUCGGAUCGCGGGAGGCCCCGGCACCAAGAAGAAGAUGAAAACACUAGCAGAAAGACGGAGGAGCGCUCCAUCCCUCAUUCUGGAUAAAGCUUUGCAAAAGCGGCCAAGUACCAGAGACAGCCCUUCUGCCAGCAUCGACACAUGUGCGUUUCUGUCCUCAUUUGUCUGUUCCAGUAGGACUCUGCUCAUUGAUGGUCCAGUGGAGCUUAAAAGAGGUCUACAGAGGCAAGAGCGUCAUCUUUUCUUAUUCAAUGAUCUGUUUGUUGCAGCCAAAAUCAAAUAUAACAACAACUUUAAGAUAAAAAACAAAAUAAAACUAACUGAUAUGUGGACAGCGAGCUGUGUGGAUGAAGUAGGAGAAGGAAACACCAACGCCCUGAAAUCCUUUGUCUUGGGCUGGCCCACGGUGAACUUUGUGGCCACUUUCAGUUCUCCAGAACAAAAGGACAAAUGGCUCUCUCUCCUUCAGAGAUACAUCACUCUAGAAAAAGAGAAGGACUUCCCGAAGAGCAUUCCCCUCAAAAUCUUCGCCAAGGACAUUGGGAAUUGUGCCUAUUUUAAAACUAUAACAGUAAUGAAUUCAGACACAGCAAGUGAAGUUAUCAACAUGUCAUUGCAAAUGCUAGGGAUAACUGGCUCUGAGAGAGAUUACCAGCUGUGGGUUAAUUCUGGAAAAGAAGCAGCUCCAUACCCACUCAUUGGACACGAGUAUCCUUAUGGAAUUAAAAUGAGCCAUCUCCGAGACACUGCCCUUCUGACACAGGGAUCAAAAGACACCGCCACCCUGUCCAACCUCCAAGAGCCCUUCCUGAUGGAACAGCUGCCCCGAGAGAUGCAGUGCCAGUUCAUCUUGAAGCCCAGCCGCCUGGCAUCAGCCCAGCAGCUGAGUGAUCCAGGCCAGAAGACAUUUAAAAGGAGACGGUCCAUCAUCAACUGGGCUUUUUGGCGGGGUUCCAGCACUCACCUGGACAGCUUGCCCAUGUCACCAGCAUCUCCUAUGCCAGGACAGCUCUUUGGAGUUUCUUUACCAGAUAUUUGUGAGAAUGACAAUCUGCCAAAACCUAUCUUGGAUAUGCUUUCCUUCCUUAAUCAAAAAGGCCCUCUCACAAAAGGCAUCUUCAGACAGUCAGCCAAUAUGAAAUCCUGCCGAGAGCUAAAAGAGAAACUGAACUCUGGAGUUGAAGUACACCUUGACUGUGAAUCUAUUUUCGUGAUAGCAUCUGUGUUAAAGGAUUUUCUUAGAAAUAUCCCAGAAAGUAUUUUUUCAUCAGAUCUGUAUGAUCACUGGGUCUGUGUAAUGGAUCAAGGAAAUGAUGAAGAGAAAAUAAACAUAAUUCAAAGACUAUUAGAUCAGCUUCCCAGAGCCAAUGUUGUUUUCCUAAGAUACCUGUUUGCCGUGUUACACAACAUUGAACAGCAUUCCUUAUCUAAUCAGAUGACUGCAUUUAACUUAGCUGUGUGUAUCGCCCCAAGUAUUCUUUGGCCUCCGGCUUCCUCAAGCCCAGAACUAGAAAAUGAAUUUACAAAAAAGGUUUCCCUUCUUAUACAAUUUCUGAUUGAAAAUUGCUGUAAGAUAUUUGGAGAAGAAAUCACUUCUCUCUUGGGAGAACUUUCUGUGAGAAGCGACACUAGAGAACACAGCUCAGAUAUAUCUUGCUUCCAAAUGAAUGACUCUUCCUACGACAGCUUGGAAAACGAGCUAAAUGAAGACGUAGAUGCUCCAUGUAGUGACUUAGUGAAGAAGCUUGGUCAGGGCAGCAGAAGUGUGGACUCUGUGUUAACCCUCAGUGACUACGACCUUGACCAGCCUGAGGUAGAAGGCCUUUUAACCCUGAGUGAUUUUGACUUAGAUCAGUCUAAAGAUGAAUCUAUUCAAGUGAAACAACCUCUAGAGCGCAAACCAGUGAGUGUUUUUGUAGCCUACAGGAAGGCUUCGCUGGGGGAGCAUGCCAGAGCACCGUCUAGCCCGUGCACAGCCAGCUGCCUCUCCACAGCUGCUGCAGAUACCCCAAAACAGCCGCGGCGGCACCGGCGCUGCUCAGAACCCAGCAUUGACUAUCUAGAUGCAAAGCUUUCCUAUCUCAGGGAGUUUUACCAGAAAAAGCUACGCAAGUCCAGCUGUGAUGCAGUGCUCUCUAAAGAAGAUGGAGAUUAUCUGAAGCAGACUCAGCCCUUGAGGAAAGGGAGUAAAACGUGUUUUAAAGAGAGUGUAGUCACAGGCACUGACAUCAGCAAGAAAAGUGCUGCUAAUGAAAACGUUAAGAAGAAAAGCUUGACUGGUCAUGAAGGAAGUCAUGUGAUGCCUUUCACAAAGUCCAAGCCAGUGGCCAUUUCAGGGGCAUCUCACAGUCACAUGUCCUCCCAGGAUCAUUCCAGGGGCCAACUCUUUGAUGCAGAUGUACCCAGUUACUCCCCACCACACACAGCAGAGGCCCUCAAGAGCUCAAGGGCACAUUGGCGCUGUUCAGAACCCAACAUAGAUGACCAGAACUACAAACUAUCCUAUCUCAGGGGGAUUUAUUCAAAAAAGCAACAUAAAACCAGCUGUGAGGCUGGGCUCUUACAUGGAGAAGAAGACUAUCUCAAAAGGCAUAAGUCUUUGCAGAUAGAGGGGCAAAAGCUUAUUAAUCAGAGUUUGGUCAUGGGGAUUGAGGUGGGCAAGAGCAGCACCACAAACCAAAGCUCUGAGAAGGUUCUGCCCCCGAGACUGAACCUUUGCCCAAGGGCUAGCUAUUCCAGCUUAUCCUCCCCAGGCACAUCCCCAUCCGGCUCAUCAGUAAGCUCCCAGGACAGUGCUUUUUCUCAGAUUUCUGAACAUUCUGUGUUUACACCCACUGAAACUUCCUCUCCAAUAGAUUGCACUUUUCAGGCUCAGAGAAAACAGGAAGAGCUGUCCUCUGACUUUAACAAUUCCAGCCUCAUUUCUGGAAUGCCUGGUCCCUCAACAGGGCAGGUCAGCAGCCAUCUCCCUUACAUAAGGAAGGACACUGUAGACCAACAUUCACAACUGCAUUCUGUAACACUUCACCCUAGUGCAUGGUUGAGAAGUGGUUUGGUCACUUUGAAAAACUGGUCCCUCAAAAAGAAGACAAAAGCAGCCAGACCAGAAGAGAAGAAAAUAUGUUCCCUAAAUGAACUCUUUGAGCUGCAUCCACAUGCUUCUGGUAUUCUAGAAGCCAGCUCAUUUCAAGAGAGACAAGAUGACAUAUGCCUAAGGGCAGAGGAAGGACCUGGCACUGUGCAGGCAGCUCACGGGUACAGUUCUUACACCUGUCAGGACUCAGAGCCACACUCCAACUCUCCAUUCCACCUGGUGGAAAGCAGACUCAAGCUGUGUAUGAAGUUUCAUGAGGGAAAAGAAAGUGGAGGGCAGUGCCAUUCUGAUCGCCCUUGGGAAGGAGCCUCAUCAAACCUUGUGACUGUGGAUGAUGGGGCCAGCCCAGAUGCAGAGCCUACAAGAGUGUGUGAUGAUGGAGACAGACAUUUAACCAAAGACAGUUACUCACAAUAAGAAUCUAAUGUCAACAUAAACAGGAAUGGAGUUAAUAAUAACAUAAAUUAUUGUUAUGACCCCUUUCAUAAGAUUCCUGGGUAGCUGAAGGAUAAUCAUCACUAAUACAACAGAUUCUCUCUUUGUUGAAGUUGCUUGGCAAAAACUUUAUUUAAAAGUUUCAUCAUCUGAAGUGUUGAAGGGCUUUUCCUAUUAAAGCAUGGGAUCAGCCCUUUCCUGAGACUUGAGGGUACUAGCAGAUGGUUACAGAAAAUGUCCUCUAUACAGGAAGCUUGCUUGGGUCAACUGAGAUCAGUGUCUUAAGACCAAGAUACCACAAAUAAAGCAUCAGGGAGAGAGAGGGAGAGGAACAGUGCAGAAAAGCCAUCUGUGUACCAUGGAAUACACAGGCAAGAAAAGGGCACAAAGUCAUUAAGGAAAAACAUGUUCAUUAAGGAAAUCACAUAAAACCUUUCCCUGGAUCCAAACCAGUGGUCAUUUCCGGGGCAUUUUCUAUUUAUAUGUUUUCACAGGAUCAUUUUAAGAACCCAACUCAUAAAAGUUAGAGCUGUGUGUACCAUGAUGUCAUAGCUUUUGAAUUGGUUGACUUAGCGGAUUCCCUUUUCCAUUGUGUUGAUAAUCAUAUGAUCUAUGAUCAAGGGAAACAGCAAUGGGGACAAAGGAGGAAAUUUGUUCAUUUCGUUAUCUUUCUCAAAGUUGCCUGUGCUAUAAACAUGGGCUCCAGAAAGGUGACAUAUUCCUAUUUAGAAAGUGGCCUGCUGGUGGCAAUUGCUCUUAGUGUAGAAAGAAAUAAACUGCUAUAUAAAAAAUAGGAAAGCUAUGAUUUAGAAGUAAAUUUUCCCUGAUCAACUAAUGCCAGGGGUAGGACUGCAGAGAAACAGUAUAACAAAGAGAUGCCAUGUUUUGCCAUGUCUGUAGUAUUCAAGAGCUCGAGAAAUGACUCUUAUUGCUCCAGUAUCAGCAAGAAAAUGUGUGUAGAGGUGU